AUGAGCUUAGUACCUUGCUUUAUAUCAUUGAUAGAUGCAUUCAAUAAACCUAUAUUGAUUUACGUCCCCCGUAAGGCCGAAAAUGAGGUUAAUGAUGUUCUCAAAUAUAAUGUGCUUUCGAAUAUAUCAUUGGACUACUUUGAAAGUUCUCUGAUUAAGUGGACUUCCUUGGAUUCUAAACCCUCGUUGAAGUCGAUUUUCCAAUUGGAAGGCAUCUCUGUCUUUGGUAUGUUAAUCAAGCAGACAGGGUUGAAGAUCGUCAUUGGAUUUGAACAAACUAUUUUGAAUGGAGGCGAUGAUGAACUAAAAACGAUCGACCAAAUUUUCGAAACCGUAAGAAGAAUAUACGUACGGGUUAAGUGUAAUCCUCUACUCACUGAUGGUGACGAAGUUACUGCGGUGAAAAGUUUGGAAAGAAAAUUUGAUGAGAUAUUUAUUUCAGCGGAUGUUGAGUUAUGA